UGUGGGAAGCUGACACACUGUUUUGCACAGAUUAUUUGUAUCUGAUAACUAGUAGUACCAGCUGUAGCUUGUAUUUGUUUUUUCCUGAUAACUAUCCCUACCAGUAGUAGAUUGUAUCUGUGGAUGCAUUGGUCUGUACUGGUGAAUGAAACAAAAUCAGAACCAUGAAGCUGGAGGUUCCAGAAAACUUUGAAGACGUUGCUGUUGACUUUACAAGAGAAGAAUGGAUUAUGCUGAGCAAAGAGGAGAAAUCAUUGCACCAUGAAGUGAUGGUGCAAAACUAUGAGCACAUGGUGUCGAUAGAUUAUACAUGCAGCAAGGAUGGUUCACUUCUGUAUAUACCUCUCAAAGUCAAAGUAGAGAAAAUGGAGCUCUUUCUGGCCAUUAGAUAUGCCGCUUUUGACACCAUGUCGCUCGUCCCUCUACACAGAAGACAAGCAGGGUAUAACAUCCCAGUGGAAGAGCUCUUGCUGUUAAUUGAAAAACCAUAUGAGCUUACAUUUAACAUGAAGAAAGAUGCUCUAACUGGGCAUCAAUCGGAUAUCACACAGGUCACAUGUUACACCCACAGAUGCCUGAGUCACAGUAAAAUUCACAGUGGAAAAUCAUCAGUUCAGAAUCAUCUCAAUUCCAUAUAUGACAAGAACUUUCCAGAUAAAAUACAGUCAUCAAAUGAGAUAAAGAACUUUCCAGAUAAAAGACAGACAUCCAAUGAAGCAAAGAUAUAUGUGUGUGACAUAUGUGGCAGUGAUUUGUCAUGUAUAUCUCUCCUGAAAAUACAUCAGAGAUCUCAGUGUACAGAAGAACUCUAUGAAUGUUCCAGAGAUGACAAGAAUCUUAAACAGAAUAGUAAACUCUUAUCACAAGUAAAGGUAAACCCUACAGAUAAGCCACAUAAUUGUGUCACUUGUGGGAAGAGUUUUGCAAGAAAGAGUUACCUUUCAAAACAUAAGAAAAUACACAGGGGAGAGAAGCCAUUUAAAUGUGCUACAUGUGACAAGAGUUUUACAAAGAAGAUUAUCCUUUCAGCACAUGAGAAAAUACACACAGUAGGCAGGCCAUAUAAAUGUGCUACGUGUGAGAAGAGUUUUAUACAUAAAGGUAACCUAUCAAUACAUGAAAAAAUACACAGUGGGGAAAACCCAUAUAAGUGUGUCACAUGUAAUAAGGCUUUUACACAGAAGAUAACCCUUUCAAUGCAUGAGAAAAUACACACUGGAGAGAAGAUUUACAAAUGCGCCACAUGUGACAAGAGUUUCACACAUAAGAGUACCCUUUCAAAACAUGAGAACAUACACACUGGAGAAAAGCCAUAUAAAUGCACCACAUGUGGCAAGAGUUUUAGAGUAAAGAGCAACCUUUCAAAACAUGAGAAAAUACACACUGGAGAAAAGCCAUUUAAAUGCAGCACAUGUAACAAGACUUUUACACAGAAGACUCACCUUUCAAAACAUGAGAAAAUACACACCGGUGAAAAACCAUAUAAAUGUGAAACAUGUAACAAGAGUUUUACACAGAAGGCUACUCUGUCAGUUCAUGAGAAAAUUCAUACUGGAGAGAAGCCAUAUAAAUGUCUCACAUGUUCCAAGAGGUUUACACAUAAGAGUACACUUUCAAAACACGAGAACAUACAUACUGGAGAGAAGCCAUAUAAGUGCCCUACAUGUAACAAGAGUUUUACACAGAAGACCACCCUUUUAGCACACCAAAAUAUACACACAGGAGAGAAGUCCUAUAGAUGUGCUAUAUGUGACAAGGGUUUUACACUGCAAAGUACUUUGUCAACACACAAAAAAAUACACUUUGCAACAAACACAGAAUUUUUGCGGAAGGGUCACAGAGCCAGUGCCAGAAACAAAAUGCAGGAGGGGAGAGCUAUGGUACCUAAAAAAGUGAAGACAGAUACAAAACUGAGAACAUUAAUCAGUCAUGUAAGAGAAAAGCAAGAUUCUGACCUGGAAACACUGGUCCACUUUGAAAACGAAUCAGUGGAGAAAGUAUUACAUCAUUUGAAAGCAGUACCACAAGUAAUCAAGAAUGAAAAGGACGCUGCAUUGUCUUAGAAAAUGAAAACAUAUUUGGUAUCUCACAUAUAUGAUGCAAGGAAAUCUGCAAUAAGAGGAGUGCAGGAACAUCAAGGCUAUUUGAAGGUAUAUUCAGGCAGCAACAUCUCACAAUGGCAGCUAUCAACAGAGGAAAUAACACAAAACUGAACAUUACUAGAAAAAUACAUCAUUUCUGCAGCAGAGAAGGCAACAGAUGAAAUAAAAGUCAUGGACCAUCUAAGAAGUUCAACAGUUUCAUCAUCUGCCUUUUUUUUAUACUACAGUCAGGGGGGCCUCCAUUUCCCUGUUUUGUGGCUCAUUUCCAUAUAGCCUCCAGCUUAGAAAGGUGAUGUUACUACUUCAGGCUUAAGAGCCACAUUUAUUUAAACAUUCAUUCAAGGUCAUUUGGCCAUUCAGGCUUCAUUCUACUUGCAUUUUCCUGAUCAGAACUGAUAGCUACUGCUGCCAGAUCCAAGGAAUUACCUGUUAUGAUGGACUUGCUACUGUUUCCCCUGGUCAAAGUAUCAUUCCAUAAUCAAUUUGAUGACAUUAAGCUGUUUUGUUUUUUCAGUGAUUAUAUUCACACCUCAUUCAGUUGAGAAAGGAGGAGCUAUUACAUCCAACUAAAGCAAAAAUGUCUUGAGCAUCAUCAUUCAGCCUGCAGACUUCAUACAACUUGUCAGACAGUGCCUCGUAUCUUCCUGGUUUAGGUGGUUUCUUAAUAGUUCAUUAACUGAUUUGUGCAACAUUAUUCUUACAGUGCAGGCUUUGUUCAGGAUUUAUAAUAAUUUAUGGAUUACUGCAAUCUUUUGGUUUUAGGGACUCUUGCUUCUCUGAUUAGUAGCCAUAACUGGAAAUGGCGGGUGGGCAGUUCCAUUAGCACAGAUGGCUAAAGCCCAGACUGUGACCCAGAGUGUAUACCGUCCAUAUUACUGUCAUUGCUUGGUCACAUGCUUAGUGACUCAGGAGCUGUAUUUGCAGAUUAGCCAUUCACUUUCCUUUUGCCCUUGUUAAUGCACUGUUCUUAUCACAGUGUAGUACUUUACAAGGUGCAUGUUGCAGUAGUCUGAUAGCAUUCCGAGUAACAACAAAUAUUAAAAUACACAUUGUGCAGUGUGCCUAAUUGAAGAAUAGUAAUUUAUCUGAACCAAAAAACUAUAUUUUAAUAAAUGUUGUAUGUGGUGUUUGUUACUUACAGAUCUUCAUUGUAGGCAGAACUGUGUUGGUAUUAAUUGCUAUGCCAAAAUCACUUUAUUUUGCUACAUGUUGGGAAAAGCUGGGAAUCUUGAAAUACUGCAUGCUAACCCAUUGCAUGUCAUUUACCCAACUUCAUGGUGUAACCUUAAAAUGCUUGUUAUUCCUCCUUCUGUCUUGUUACUCUCCAUCAGCUCUCACCAUUAAGCCACAUUGUUCUCUCCUGUUACUCCAGUCACAUUACUUUCCCUUUCAUCUGUAACAAACCUUUGAUUGUUUCCACUUUAUAAAAUGUAUUUUGGUUUAUUGCUACUUCUUACUGACUACAUUUCUGUUUAGGCCCACAUCCAAUGCAUCUCUGGUAAAGUGCCAUUUUUUGUAACCAUUUACCACAUUCUCUGACCCUUCCAUAAUUUACACUUCUUGCUAACACUGUUGAAGCUCACCUUCAUCAUAACUCACCUAGAUGAGGUGCGACAGGUCCCACCUCUACUCAUUUACAUAUUAAAUAUUAGAUCUGAUGUUGUUAAUCUUCAUCUAGUCUUCACUUGUGGGUUAUGGUUCCGAUCCAAGGAACAGAUCUGGCGGUUAUAAAGCUCGUGCCAGCCAAAAAAAU